AUGGAAUAUAUUGGGAACAAGUUGCGAAGGUACACGACAUUCAGCAAGCGGAAAACAGGAAUUAUGAAAAAAGCCUAUGAACUGUCAACGCUCACCGGAACUCAGGUGAUGCUUCUGGUGGCUUCGGAGACCGGGCAUGUUUAUACAUUUGCCACCAAGAAGUUGCGACCAAUGAUCUCAUCGGAAGCUGGCAAAACGCUUAUCAGGAAUUGUCUCAAUACUCCGGAUAUUGAUGACGAGGUGGACCCGGUGGGAGCGAGACAGGAAUUCACAUUUGAAUCGCAGUCGAACAGCAAUAAUAUUUCGAGGAAGCGAAAACUGAAUGAGGUUUGUCGCAGUUCCCUUCUUUUUCGAAAAUGCGCCAGGCGCAUGUAG